AUGCCUUCCAAUGCACUUUCCAGUGUGAAGGAACAAUCGCUACAAAAGCUUAGUCAUUAUGGUCCUGUUACCAGCUUGAAAAUCUUCAAGUCAUCGCUCAUUCUUGCAGGCUACGGUCCUAUUUUGAAGGUGUAUAGUGUGGAUAAGGCUAGCAAUACCACUAAACUCAUCUUUCAGAAACAAGUAUUUGGUAGAAACAAGAUCCACAGCAUUGCUGUUUCUGAUGAGGGGAAGAUAUUGGUGUGUGGAGGAAGAUCAUUUGCUGUUUUAAAAGUAGAUGAAGAGCAUUGCAAACUUCAAGUUGGAUCUGAAAGAGCUAUCAAUGAAUGGAUUGUUAGUUGUGCUUUCCUUAAUGAAACAACAGCUUUGAUAUUGAAUUCCCAUAACACCGUUUACAAAAUAGACGUUUCUCAAUGGGAUACUGAAGAUCAGCAUUUCAGUUUAUUGGAGGAAGUCCAUUGUAAUGAGAAGUCUAUCUUAUACAGUGGGUCAAUUCGUAUCCUAGGUAACGGUGAUGUCUACGUGGCAGCAGGUACAGUCAUGAAUGGUGUUAUUAUAUGGAAUUAUCACACCAAGCAGAUCUUACAUAAUUUAACUGAUCAUGAAGGGUCUAUCUUUGGGGUUAAAAUUGAUCGUAAUGGUAAAUAUGUUGUAUCUUGUUCUGAUGAUAGAUCUAUAAAGCUCUAUGACCUUGAAACUGCUCAAUUAUUGGCUACUGGUUGGGGACAUGGUUCUAGAAUCUGGAACCUUGAUUUCUUCCUUCAAAUGGAUGCUGAUGUUAAGAUUAUGUCUGCUGGAGAAGAUUGUACUUUACGUUUCUGGCAAUAUAACCAACAAGAAAGUUCAUUGGAUCAAUUAGAACUGAUAGAAAAUGCACAUUUGGGUAAGCAUAUUUGGUCUAGUGACAUUGAUGAUGAGACAUUGGGGCUAUGUGUGAGUGGAGGUGCAGACGGUAAAAUAAGAGUCCAUGAUUUACAAAAUAGAGGUACUCUUUUGUCUUAUUCCUUAGUUGAAAUAAGCAAGCAAACCGGUUUAACAUUCCAAAAAAACGAAAUCAUUAAACAGUAUUGUGAACUUGAAGUUCAGACAUUAUUUCUCACAUCUCAUGGUCAAUUUUUUGCUAUGAAAGCUAAUGAUAGUUCAUUCGUUAAAGUUACCAUCCCUGAGACACUUUCAAAAGAAUUCAACAACUUUGGUAUAAUGCAUGGCUUUAAGCAGUCGAACUCAGCAAUAGUUUGUACCCGGACUGGUGCACUUUUAAAGAUCGCUUUUGCUGAUGAACAAGAACCUUCCUUUGAGUGGAUAAUAGAAUCAUCAUCUCCCAAUAAAGUGACAAACUUCUUGUCAUAUAAGGGAGAAACUUCAACGUAUAUGUUUACUGAUUGUCCUAAUCCUCAAAUACCAUUCACAUUCCAUAUCUUGGACCACAGAUUGAAGAUACAGAAGACACUCACUUUAGCACAGCCCGAACGAACAUUCACCAGUACCUUUAUGCACAUUGAUGAGACCAAUAACUGGCUCUUUCUUGGAUCAAGACACGCAACCAUUGCCAUUUAUGAUUUGAACUCAAACUCCAACGCUAAUAUAUCAUUGCAAGUCUCUGCAGUAUUCAGGAAAAUGUGCCCUGGAGACACCAUUACCUCGAUAUCUUUCAUAGAAGGCAAUCAUAAUGAAGCCACAUUGUUGGUAACGGUUAGAGAUGGAAUCUAUAUGUAUGUGAAGUUCUCACGAGUAGAGGAUCAAGAAGAAUUUAAGUUCACCAUACUUCAGGAGAACAAACUUUCAAAAGGAUUUCUUGAAGGUGCAAUGAUCAAAGAUGGAUCAUUGAUAGUGUAUGGAUUUAAAUCGUCACACUUUUAUAUUUGGAACGAAACCAAGCAAGUGGAAAUCACCAAUGAACUCUGUGGAGGAGCUCAUAGGAAAUGGGAACUAAUUACCUAUGAUGAAGAAGCAGAUAUUGAUUAUAAAUUCAUUUAUAUCAACAAAUCUUCUCUUUUCUUUAAGACUUUCAAAGGACGGUUUACCGAUGCAAACUAUGGAAUAAUCAAUGAAGGUACCCACGGAAGAGAAAUAAGAGAUAUUGCUAUCUCCCCUGUUGCUUAUGAUGAUGGUAAUCGACUCCUUUUGACAGCUUCUGAAGACACAACAGUCCGAUUAUCAAGUGUGGAUACUAACGGGAUCAUCACAACUUAUUGGUGUAUGAAUAAUCAUGUUUCAGGAAUGCAAAAAAUAGCAUUCAUUAAUGAAGAAUACGCUGGUUCAACAGCGGCUAAUGAGGAGUUUAUUAUUUGGAAGUUAAGCAAGCUACAAGCUUCGAAAGUUCCAGUUAUUACUGAAUUUGCUAGGCUUCCUCCUUCAUCAGAUAUUCCUGAUUUGCGUAUCAUGGAUUUUACUACUAUUGAAAGUACUGAAGGGGAUAUUAUUGUUGCUGCAGUAUAUUCCGACUCCUCAAUUAAACUCUGGUAUCUUAAUACUAACACAGCACAGUUUGUACCCUUAGUGGAGGAUCGGUAUACCACAUGUUGUAUAUUGAAUGUCAAUUUCAUAAAGGUUAAGGGCCAAGUUUUAUUGGUAACUGGUACAACGGAUGGUAACGUUACUAUAUGGGAUGCACUGGAGUGUUUCCUAUCCACCACUGAUAAUACCGUAACCAAACUUGGACCUAUGUUGGUUAAACAGCAACUACACCAAUCUGGUGUCAAGGCACUUGCAAUUCAGUACAACGACAACGAUAUCCAUAUCUUUACUGGGGGUGACGAUAAUGCAUUAGUGGUAUCCAAGUUGAUCCUCUCGUCCAAUGAAGUUAUACUUGAACCUAUUUCCUUUGUUGAAUCAGCUGCAUCCUCCACGAUCACUUCGAUCUCCUUGGUAUCAACCAAUAAGAUCUUUGUGACAUCUGUUGACCAGAUCAUUAGACUUUGGACUUUCAAUGGUGAAGACUUGGAGUGUGACGCUGCUACAUACACUACGGUUUCCGAUACCGGAUGCUCUGAUGCCUUCAGCGGUACCACCAAUGGAACAAGUUUAUUAUUUGUAGGGGGUGCUGGGUUGAGUGUGUGGAAAUGA